AUGGAAGAGGGGGGCUGCGACGGCAACUCGACCGGAGCGUACUAUCCCAAACAAUGUUGCAGUGACGGUCCCGAACCUUGCUCCUCGAAAAAAGAUAUUCAAUCACCGGCUUUCCAUUGGCUUACCAAAGUCGUCAUCUUCUUAUCGCUGUACUCGACCGUCAUGAGUGGGAUUUGGCUAUUCGUUGCUAUCGUACAGCCAAGAUGGGGUCGGCGUAUCUCCUCCCGCAUGGGAAUGGGUCCAUCCACAGCAACAGUGCUGACUGCGUUUCUCUCCAAAACGAUUGAGCUAUCUUUUGUAACGACCUUUAUCACAUUUCUGGGUCAGAUCCUCAGUCGCAGGGCUAUUUCGCAAGGGUCGCGAGGCACGACGCUGGCAGAAAUGUCGAUGCGAAGCUGGGUCAUCCAGCCUGGCUCCUUGGCGACGCAUUCUGGCAUGUUACGGUUUGCCGGCUUCAGCAUUCUCGGCAUACUCUCGCUGCUUGCCACACUGGUCGCGGCAUUUUACACGACGGCUUCGGAUGCCAUGGUGGCGCCGAAACUCAAGUACGGCCGUUGGGAACACAAGCCCAUGUCGGGCUACGUCCGCUCGUCGUACGCCAAUUCCGACUAUGUGAAAUUAUUGUGCCCGGACAUACUAGAGCCCGAGGUUGGCGGCAAUGACAACACUAUCGCGUGCACGGCGGUGAUAAUUUCGGGCGAAUCGUACCGGAAUCUGCAGAAUUUUAUGGGCAUCUGGAACACUAUUAACACUAACGGGACCACACUGAUCCACGAUGUGAAAGACAGGCCGGCUGGAGUAGCAUCUCUCAACGGCAACACGACACUCUACGGUUCCUGGAUCGAGACAGAACACAGCGACGUCGCGGCGCAUUUCGAGAAGACGGGGCGCAUCAUCAACAACGUCACCCUGGCCAUGCCACAUCCUGGGGUUGCAGCUGCUGCAACUUCGCCUCUAAACGGAAUCUUGCAGCCAGAGGACCUCUCAGGCUUGGGAGAGUACGCCGUAAAGGCUGGUGUUGUGUCUCCAGCAGUCAAUGUCUUGUGCGUCAAUAUGGCGCAGGAUGAGCUUAAGCCACUGGUCUACACUGAGUGGCCGAAUGCAAAGACCAAUUGGACCGGCGUAGGACUCCAGAAACAAGGAUGGCAGAAUUGGACAGAUGAAGUGCCUAAGCAUCCCGACAGCCGUGGAAACGACAAUUAUUUUAACAGGACAGUCGUGGAUGACAUUUUCCGCUGGGGGCCCACGUAUCAAAGAAGACCGCCAGUCUUCCAAUUGUUUCCCGCCGAUUACAACACCGUGGUGAAUUCCACGGUAAUAGGUUCUGAUGCAAUUUACAUCAUGGGCAAACACCCCCAGUCUCAAAACUACACAAUGUGUGAGCUUCGGUCAUGGGUGUCCCCAAACUGUUCGACGCAGUUCAAUAUCUCUGGCAUUAGCGGGAGCAAGAUGGCGGCUCACUGCGAAGAUCCCGACGAUGUCGACAGCUAUUGGCGCUCUUUUCCGGGUCCCCAAGAAUGGGCUUUACCCUCUAACGAUUGGAAGUGGCUGGCCGAUCAGUGGCGUUUAGCGACCGACCUCAACGGAGGCGAGCGCAACAACAAUGCCUCCAACGCGCGCAUCCUCACGCAGCUCAUUCUCCUGAAGCCUGAACUGCUGUCGUAUCAGCCUUCCAUGGCUGAAGCUCUAGCCGUGUUUGCCAGCUCGAUGCUUACUCUAGGCGCCGUGGGCACGCCGUUCCGCCACUACUGGGAAUACGAAAAGCCGCGCAACAUUCUGGGGGAGCCCGGGAUCGUGCACCAGUUCAACGCCUCCGUCAUCACGCAGCAGUACACGUCGGGCCAUGUGUACAACUGGCAGGGGAUCUUUUACGUCAUCCUGGCUCUCAUGUUUGCCCUUAAUGUCGUGUGCUGCGCCUACAUCUUCUUGCACGCCAAGCUUGUGACGGACUACACGGAGGCGCAUAACUUGUUUGCGCUGGCGCUCAACAGCUCGCCCAAUGAGCGGCUCAGGGGUACCUGCGGAGGAGGGCCUCAGGAACGAGAUCUGGCCGUGCCGUGGCGUGUGGGCUACUCCUCGGGCGCAAACCACUACUUUAUCGAGCAGACUGGUGGAGGACCGUGGGAGAGAACUGUGGAUGCGAAGACGGCCACUUCGAAGGCGGCCAACGGCGACGGGUUUGCGGGGGAGAGCUACGAUAGGUUGCGCAACGGCCGACCAUGGUUAUAA